GCUUGGUCCGCAUCCUGGGGCAAGAUGAGCGGUAUCCGCCCGUCCUCAAAGACAACCGCCCUGUGCCUUUGUGGCUGCGGCUGGAGAACAACAUCAUCGAGAAGCCCGAGGAGCUCUUCAAUGAGUUGAGGGAGAAGAUGAAGGGCAAGAGGAGGCCGCCCCAGGGCGCUGUGCUGAUCUGCGAG